AUCUUCUUCCCUCAAUCUCCGAUUUCAAAUCUCGCUUCUCCGUUCAAGCAACCUCUGAAUUCCUUGAGUAUAAACAGGAAUUAGAAGUCGGAGAAGCGAUUUCUGCUUUGAUCUCUACAUCUGAAGUUCCGAUCUGACGAAAUCUAGGGUUUUCUCAUCUGGGUCGAAGUUAAAGUGGAAAAAGGUUUCGAAUUUGGCGUUAGAAUGGCGGAAUCUGGUGGAAGCUGGCGAGAUUCUUAUAAAGGAAUGUCGUCUGAUAACAUCAAGGGUUUGGUUUUAGCGUUGUCUUCUAGUUUGUUCAUUGGUGCUAGUUUCAUUGUUAAGAAGAAAGGGCUUAAGAAAGCUGCGAGCACUGGCACUAGGGCAGGUGUUGGUGGGUAUUCUUAUCUUUACGAGCCUCUUUGGUGGAUCGGCAUGACGACAAUGUUACUUGGUGAAAUUGCCAAUUUCGCUGCUUAUGCAUUUGCGCCGGCUAUACUUGUCACUCCUCUAGGUGCUGUCAGUAUCAUUAUCAGUGCUGUCUUAGCUCAUAUUAUAUUACGGGAAAAACUACACAUCUUUGGAAUUCUUGGCUGUGCCUUAUGUGUUGUGGGUUCCACAACUAUUGUCUUACAUGCCCCUCAAGAACAAGAAAUUGAUUCUGUGAUUGAAGUUUGGAAUCUUGCAACAGAACCAGCAUUUAUGUUCUAUGCGAGUAUGGUAAUUGGGGCUGCUGUAUUUCUCAUUAUCCGUUUUGUCCCCCUAUAUGGGCAAACAAACGUAAUGGUUUAUAUUGGUAUUUGCUCGCUUGUGGGAUCAUUAUCGGUCAUGAGUGUAAAAGCACUUGGAAUAGCAUUAAAGCUGACAUUUUCAGGAACAAAUCAGUUAUUUUAUCCUCAAACAUGGAUAUUCACCUUGGUCGUACUUACCUGUGUGAUAACCCAAUUGAACUACUUAAACAAGGCUCUUGAUACAUUCAAUACAGCUAUAGUAUCUCCUAUAUACUACGUGAUGUUUACAUCUCUAACUAUUUUGGCCAGUGUCAUCAUGUUUAAGGACUGGGAUCGACAAAACGGUACUCAAAUUGUUACAGAAAUGUGUGGAUUUGUUACAAUACUUUCAGGCACUUUUCUUCUCCACAGAACAAAGGACAUGGUCGAGGGUUCGUCGGUAAUAUUACCGUUGCGGAUAAGCAAGCAUAUAAAUGAGGAAGAAGGCAUUCCACUUAGACGCCAAGAAUCUCUCCGAUCGAAGAAGGAUAGAGGAGCAACGAGGACGAGAUCUCAGAUGAGAUCAUCUUCUUCUCCAAUAUCGGUAAAUAUGCUAAAAAUGGCUCUGAACAGUGUCUCCUCUGAAGAAUUUAGCUUCCCAUCGCUUGCUUCUCAUGAUCCUUCUCACCAUUCUGGUCUCGAUUCACCUCCUUUGUGGAAACACUCGCCGGUUAAUUCCUUCCGCCGGAAAGAUUACGACUUUGGUUUAGCAAGAUUACUCAUUGGAAAAGACGAUGAUCAUGAUCAGAGGAAGAGCUUCUCGUACGUGGAGAUGAGAAGUCGUUGGAUUGACGACAAAGAAGAGGAGAAAAUGGAUAUGUUAUGGGAAGAUCUCAACGAAGAAUUGCCUCCAAGAAGCCAGAGUUUGAGGAUUGAACCUGGCGGAGACGGUGGAGAGAAGAAAACGGCUUUGUUUUCCGAGGAAAGCUCUGCCGUGGCCGUGGGGUGUGGGAUGAAGUUAUCGAAGAAGGCGAAAAAAAAGACGAAUCUGAGUGUGUUGGUGUUGAUGAGGGUUUUGAAGAAGCUUAUUGUGUUGCGAAGUUCGUCACAGAGAUCGCCGGUGAAAACUCAUCCACGACUGAUGGGUGUGAUCAAUGUUCAGGGCUCUCCAUCGUUCUCUAUUCAUUCUUCAGAGUCAAAUCUUCGAAAGUCUCGAGCUUUGAAGAAACCCUCGUGCUCAAUCCGGAAUAGGGUUUAUUGUGUUCAGUCUUCAAGUGUAUCUGUAGACGAAUCCAAGAACAUAACCAUGGGAGACUCUUUUAUCCGUCCACAUUUGAGACAAUUGGCUGCUUAUCAGCCAAUUUUACCCUUUGAGGUAUUGUCUGCUCAAUUAGGAAGAAAGCCUGAGGAUAUUGUCAAGUUAGAUGCUAAUGAGAACCCAUAUGGUCCUCCUCCAGAGGUUUUUGAAGCAUUAGGCAAUAUGAAAUUCCCUUACGUUUAUCCUGAUCCACAAAGUCGUAGACUUCGUGAUGCCCUCGCUCUAGACUCUGGUCUUGAGUCUGAAUACAUUCUUGUAGGCUGUGGCGCUGACGAACUAAUUGAUUUGAUCAUGAGGUGCGUGUUGGAUCCUGGGGAGAAGAUCAUAGAUUGCCCUCCGACUUUCUCAAUGUAUGUGUUUGAUGCGGCUGUGAAUGGAGCAGGUGUCAUUAAAGUUCCAAGGAACCCUGAUUUCAGCUUGAAUGUAGACCGCAUCGCUGAAGUUGUAGAACUAGAAAAACCCAAAUGCAUAUUCCUAACUUCUCCCAACAAUCCAGAUGGGAGUAUCAUCAGCGAGGACGAUCUGUUGAAGAUUCUAAAGAUGCCAAUACUUGUUGUUCUAGAUGAAGCUUACAUCGAAUUCUCAGGAGUUGAAUCAAGGAUGAAAUGGGUGAAGAAGUAUGAAAACCUAAUCGUUCUCCGCACAUUUAGCAAACGAGCUGGUUUAGCUGGACUUCGAGUUGGAUAUGGAGCGUUUCCAUUGAGCAUAAUCGAGUACCUGUGGAGAGCAAAACAGCCAUAUAAUGUCUCUGUUGCCGGGGAAGUAGCUGCUUUAGCAGCACUUUCAAAUGGAAAAUACUUGGAAGAUGUGAGAGACGCGUUGGUACGAGAAAGAGAGAGACUUUUCGGGCUUUUAAAAGAAGUUCCUUUCUUGAAUCCUUACCCGAGCCAUUCGAAUUUCAUUCUCUGUGAGGUUACAUCUGGAAUGGACGCCAAGAAGCUGAAAGAGGAUUUGGCGAAAAUGGGUGUGAUGGUUCGUCACUACAACAGUCAAGAGCUUAAAGGUUAUGUUCGAGUUUCUGCUGGAAAGCCUGAACACACUGAUGUUCUCAUGGAGUGUCUUAAGCAAUUUUAUUGACUUCCCCAUUUGUUGGGAAUUCAUAAAACAACCCAAAAAAAAAGAACUGAUUUUGUUUGUUUUAGCUUGUUGGAUUCAUUGUUUCAAUUAAUAAGGAGAACUUUCGUUGUAUUGUAUGUACUUUAUGGUCUGAAAAUGGGCCUAAGCCCAUCUGUAAAACUUGUUGAUGGAGCUCAUUAAAACUGAAACUUGACU